UGUUGUGAGAAAAAAACAGCAGAUAUAGGAGUGACCAUGUGUGACAUCACAAGAAACCUGAGACCAUUUGAACAGCCCUCUAACGUGCCUUUUCCUCUACAUGUGUUCCCACCCUAACCCUGUCCCUUUCCCCCAGAAGACAGGCUCUGUUCUUUCUCUUUGGUUCUAAACUCGGGCCAAUUAGAACUAGGCAAAACAACACGUUGGCCAAAAAACUUUUCUUUUCAGGACACAAUUUACUAUCUUUUUGAAAUUGUACAUUCUCUGCUUUAGAAGAUUGGAACUGUAACUGUGCUUGUGAAUUAUUCAAUGUGUUUCUCCAGUCAGUGAAGGACCUGUAAACACAUUUUGCCAAUAUGGAACUUCAAAAGCUGUCAAAUGGUCUCCACCAUGGCUUUGUCCCUUUGGAUGAUGGCAUCCCAGAGGCAGAAGAGGAAGAAGAAAUGUUACCACAUAAGUGUGAUGGGACGAAGAAGCCCCAGUUCACUGAUUUUGAGGGAAAAACAUCUUUUGGAAUGUCUGUCUUUAACCUCAGCAACGCCAUCAUGGGGAGUGGAAUUCUGGGAUUGUCAUAUGCUAUGUCAAAUACAGGCAUCAUUCUCUUUAUAGUCCUGUUGACAUGUAUCGCCUGUCUGUCCAGCUACUCAGUUCACCUUCUGCUUAAAAGUGCAGGAGUUGUGGGUAUUCGUGCAUAUGAACAGCUGGGCUUUCGGGCUUUUGGACACCCAGGGAAAAUUGCAGCCGGUGUCAUUAUAACCUUUCACAACAUUGGUGCAAUGUCCAGUUAUCUCUUCAUUGUGAAGUAUGAAUUGCCUCUGGUCAUUCAAGCAUUCCUGGGCUUGCAGUCUAACACAGGAGAGUGGUUCCUGAAUGGGAAUUACCUUAUCCUCGUCGUCAGUGUGUUCAUCAUCCUCCCUCUUGCCCUGAUGAGACAACUGGGGUAUUUGGGUUAUACCAGUGGCUUCUCCCUCACCUGCAUGGUCUUCUUUCUUGGCUCGGUCAUAUAUAAGAAGUUCAACAUCCCCUGCCCCCUGGAGCCAUAUGGCAGCAAUCACACAACAAUAAUCCCCACCAACAGUGUGGAAGACGAACAAUGCCAAGGCAAAAUGUUCACCGUCAACCAUGAGACGGUGUACACUAUCCCGAUUUUGGCGUUUGCCUUUGUUUGUCACCCUGAGGUGCUUCCCAUCUACACUGAACUGAAGAACGCCACCAAGAGGCGCAUGCAGGGCAUUGCUAACGUGUCCAUCAUGGCCAUGUUCGUCAUGUACCUCCUCACUGCCACAUUUGGUUACCUCACCUUCUACGUGAGCACGGAAUCUGAGUUACUGCACACCUACAGCAAAGUGGACCCCCUGGACACCCUGAUCCUAUGUGUCCGUGUGGCGGUGCUGGUGGCUGUAACCCUCACUGUCCCUGUGGUCCUCUUCCCUAUUCGAAGAGCCAUUCUACAGCUCCUGUUCCCAGAGAAACCCUUCCACUGGGCACGGCACAUCUCUAUUGCCCUCUGUCUCCUCAUCGUGGUCAACGUGCUGGUCAUCCUUGUGCCGAACAUUCGAGACAUCUUUGGCAUCAUUGGGGCCACCACUGCACCUAGCCUGAUCUUUAUCCUUCCAGGAUUAUUUUACAUCCGGAUUGUUCCCACUGAACAAGAACCAAUGAAGUCAAGACCAAAGAUCACAGCUGCCUGUUUCACAGCCAUGGGCUUUAUCUUCAUGUCUAUGAGCCUGACGUUCAUCAUCAUCGACUGGGUAACUGGGGAGAAACGAGCUGGAGGUGGCCAUUAAAGCACAUCGAUUGACAUAGGGGUCCAAACACCACACAGACGCACAUCCUGUUGUCGUGCCACUUCUCAAUCCUGUCUGGGUUGUGAGAAGGAUCUAACAUCAUCGAAAGGCUGGACCCAAAUCAUCAUGAGUACCAUACCAGUGAGAUGGUGAAACCAUUUCACCUCUAAUUCAAAUCAAAUGGACAUGCUAGUAUUCCGUAGAAGUAAGUCUUUGAGGAGCACAAUGUUAUCUUGUUAAAGGAAUUCUAGUCAGAGAUGUCACCCAGUCAGUGUCGAAGGAGCUGGCAAGGGUGUUGCCCGUGGAAACCCAUAUACCACUACUUGCUGCAUGCGUCAAAAUCCGUUAAGCUACUACCUCGUAUGGAGAGCAGCUAGUGUAAAACGAAGGUGACAGAGAUUUUAGAUGAUGUGAGGGUUUAAUUUUUUCUGUGCAAAGGGAGCUGAUCUCUUGAACCAAGCUUCCAUCACUACUACCUGCCAAACAAUUCACUCCACUGUCGUUUCUUGAUCAAACAUCGGCAAUGGUUUUAUCGUUAAGUUUUAUGGAGAAGAAAAUGUACUUCUAAAAUAGAUUACUUAUGACAAACUAUCUGUGAACACCUUGAUUUAAUUUUUAUGAGCCAUCCCACAAAUCACCUUUUCUACAUGGUUAUAUAUAUAUAUAUAUUAGACAGUAUAGUGAGAGCAAAAGUCAUAGGUCACCUAAGAUAGAAAUCUGAAUUUUUGGGGUAUUUAUCUUUAGGAAAAUGUAUUUAUUUGGGUGUUUUUCUGGGUAAGUGUCUAUUUCCUCCAAAAAACAAUGUAUUGCAUUACAACAAAUACAAAUAAACAUCAAUACAAUAAAUACUAACAACAAUUUCUAAGGUCAUUGAUAUCUUGUGAGAUAGCUAGAUUUAAAAUCAUUUGAAAUGAUUGAAUACAGACAUGUUGAAGACAGAAAACAUGGAUGAUCCAAAAGGCUGUUUGCAUCUAAUCGGUGCUUCUAGAGGUUACUUCCUUGAGAGACAGAAGGAAAUCUAGUGAUGCCUUCUCGCAUUUGGCAAUGUGCCCCAAAAUAAAUAUAUGCUUCGACUUUAAGAAGUUUUACAAGAAAUGAUCAUCUUUGAUUGUCAAACAUUUUAUCUUUCAGCAUGAUAAUGACAUUAAACACUUUUUUUAAAUGGGAGGACGUCUGCAGAUGGAAUCUUCACAGUUAGAUUGGCCACUUAAAAUUGCAAAAAAAAAAAAAUUGUAUUCAGUUGUUAAUGUUUUCUUCAAUGUCAGUAUAUACAGUG